UGAACUGUUAGGAUUCAUAUAUCUAUAUAAUAAACAUAGAAUUCCGUGCACGUAGAGCAAAGUUUAACUUAGUGCGACAAAAAGAGAUUAAUUUACCCGUAAAUUACUCAUAUAGAAGGAAGAAAUAACGAAAGCAUAUAUAUAAACAUGUGAUGUUUUCGUUUCCAAUUUCGUUAACACCAAAUUUUCUAUAGCGUAUAAGUGUAAAAAGGAAUGUGCUUUUGCGAUUCAAAAUCGCUUUAAGAUGUUGCAAACAAACUAGGAAUUGUGCGGAAACCAGUGUGAGCCCUCACAAAACCAAUGCAUGUGCUGCAAUGUUCCGAAGAGAUGAACUAAUUGAGAAUUAUAUUUGAUUUUGGAGAAAUUUUGAUUGCCUGAAAGAAUCGGAGAUUUAUAUAUUGGUUAUCUGCAAAUAUGUAUAAUUCGCACGUGUAUAACUAUUUAUGGUUCCAAAAAUGGUUUACUAUGAUGGCAUUUGUUUGUGUGUGGUUUAUGUUAUUUGGUAGUCUUGCUAGAAACUAUGUCCUUGCUCUACCUAUUGAUAAUGCAACAACAUCAAUGCCUCAGACUUUAAGUUUAAUUGAACAUGUGCCUACCGCCAGUUCUAGGGUGAUAAAUCAGGGCUAUGAGAAAGUAACGUCAAAAACAUUAGACAUUAGUAACGAAACGCUUUCCUUAAUGUUAGUUUCUCCACCUAUUACAAAAUCUGGUCAAAAACCCGCGCAAACUCCACGCUAUCCUCUCCUAAAAUGCCAUUGUGACAUAUGCAAGGAAUCAAAUAACAUUUGUGAAACGGACGGCUAUUGUUUUACUUCUGUUGAACGUGACAAAGGAGAAAUAAUAUUUAGCUAUAGAUGCCUCAAUAUGUCACAAAGUUUUCCACCGGGUCGUUUUAUAUGGUGCAAUGACGGAAGCCAUGGUGGACCCACAGCUCGGCCAGUAGCUAAGCGAGGCGGCCAUAGCUGUUGCAGGGACUAUGAUUUUUGCAAUUUAAAUUUACGUCCAGUUAUCAAGUUUUACAGCUCUCUUAACGCGCAACAAGCAGAUAUUCAGCCGGAGGAAACACUUAAGACUUGGGUGCUGGUCGCCAUUAUAUUUGGUGCAACCUUAGUGGGCUGCCUUUUGGUGUUUUUAGUCUGGUGCUAUUGGCAGAAACGUAAACAAGGGACAAGAGGUCGACCCUUCGCUCCUGAAGACUCAGUGUACGAUCCUAUCCUUAAUGGCAAUACUUUACAAGAUAUUAUUGAGAUGACUAGCUCUGGUUCAGGAUCAGCUGGCCUUCCUUUACUAGUACAGCGCUCUAUAGCUCGACAAAUUCAGUUGUGCCAUGUAAUCGGAAAAGGCCGUUUUGGAGAGGUCUGGAGAGGUCGUUGGCGGGGUGAGAACAUAGCGGUAAAAAUUUUCUCAAGCCGCGAAGAAUGUUCAUGGUUUCGAGAGGCCGAAAUCUAUCAAACCGUUAUGCUGCGUCACGAAAAUAUUUUAGGUUUUAUAGCUGCAGAUAAUAAAGAUAAUGGCACUUGGACACAGUUAUGGCUUGUAACGGAUUAUCAUGAAAAUGGCUCAUUAUUCGAUUAUUUGACUUCUCACACUGUUGACACCAAAACCAUGCUUAGCAUGGCGUUGUCAAUUUCCACUGGCCUAGCACAUCUACAUAUGGAUAUUGUCGGCACCCGUGGCAAGCCUGCCAUAGCACAUCGUGAUCUAAAAUCGAAAAAUAUAUUAGUCAAAUCGAAUUUGACUUGCGCGAUAGGAGAUUUGGGAUUGGCCGUCCGACAUGUGGAAAAAAAUGAUUCAGUGGACAUACCCUCGACACAUCGGGUAGGUACGAAACGUUAUAUGGCUCCGGAAGUAUUAGAUGAAAGCAUGAAUGCUCAACAUUUUGAUUCUUACAAACGAGCCGAUGUAUAUGCUUUUGGAUUAAUAUUGUGGGAAGUAGCACGUCGCUGCAAUAUAGGGAUGAUGUAUGAUGACUACCAAUUGCCCUACUUUGACGUCGUGCAGCCCGAUCCUAGCAUUGAAGAAAUGAAGAAGGUGGUUUGCACAGAUAAAAUGCGCCCUAACAUUCCAAAUCGCUGGCACGCUUCAGAAGUUAUGCACAGUAUGGCAAAAGUGAUGAAAGAGUGCUGGUAUCCUAAUCCUGUUGCUCGCUUGACUGCUCUUAGAAUUAAGAAGACUUUGUCUAGUAUAAGCCUUGAGGAUAAAGUUAAAAACUAAUUUAACAUAGUUUAGUUUAUUUUCACUACACGACCUUAUUAAGCCUUAUUUUAGUCUCAUCUUAAUGAAAUAUGAGCUUGUGUUAUUUGUAAUUACUUCCUUUAAAUCAUCAAUUCUCACUUAGUCAGAGUGUUGCACAUCGUUUGUCUUAAACCAAUGAAACUUUAUCAUUUGUGAAUAUUUACUUUUAGCAGUAAGGCCAAGCUAAUCUCCUCAUUUAGUCCAGUAGUGCAUGUCUUUGUUUCAUAGGUUUAAGAUAUUUUUGAUUUAUUUUGAUCUGAAAGAGACGUACAUCAGUUAAAUGUAUAACAUAUUCGCUGGCAUUUAGGGCAGAUGUGUCGUUUAGAUUGGGAUAAAGCUUCAGCUAAUGCUUAAAAUCAUUUUAUAAUAAUUUUACUAAGCGAAGGAAAACAAAAAUGUCGGUUUAUUAUUGGUUUGGAGAUUUACUGUUUACAGAACGUUGAGCAAAUCGGAAUGAAAAACAAUUCAGUUUCUUCCGUUCUUAACUUUACAAUAAUCUGUUCUUUUUUUUCGCAGUACUGAUGUUAGGAAGUAUUAAACACUCUUAUAUUUUUACGACUUUCCACGUUUUUUCUUUGGUAAUUAUACAAGACUGCCAUAAACUAAGCUUUCAUUUUUAUUAACAUCAAAAUCCAACUUAUGUCCUGUAAAAAAAGUCUUUAAAUUAUUGUAAAAUAAAUGCAAAAGUUGUAAUUAA